AAUCUGGUCAACAAGCAGCAUACUAACCAGAGAGGAUCUUCUCCCCACAGCGGCCUGCCGGUGUCGGUGGCACAUGCAGCUGGCUUAGCCCAUUCCAGCGGUGGCUCCGGGAGCUCCAGUGAGUCCGAGAGCAGCUCUGAGUCUGACUCCGACAGUGAGAGCAGCUCCAGUGACAGCGACUGCAACGAGGAGUCACGCAGUGCCACGCCAGAGCCUGAACCCCCCUCAACAAACAAAUGGCAGCUGGAUAAGUGGCUAAAUAAAGUGAACCCCCACAACAAGACCAUCAUCAGCAAUCAAAAUGAGCCUCACGGUGAGACCAGCUCCCAGCCGCAGAGCAGCCAGCAGGCUGAAGGGCAAAACAAAGGGAAGCUCAGCAACAGCCUGCCCCCAACCGAUUCCAAAGACCGGGCGAUCCUCAGUCCCAUCCGCGAGAAAGCCAAACCACGGGUUGCCCAGAAAACCCCAGAGGCAAAAAGCUCCAAGCAGAAGUCGCCAGCUCAUAAUGAGCCAGUUGCACAAAGGACUACUGGGAAAAAGCAACCCAAAAAGGUAGAAAGGACUUCCAGUGUAGAAGAGUAUAACUGGCCCAAACCAAAUAAUACCAGCAACACUCCCAAAGAAAAAGACACACAGGAACCCCCUGAGCAGCCAAAGGUUCGAACUAAAGCAGCAGUUGGCAAGACCGCCCCAAGGAAGGAACCUCGAACGAGCACAGGUCUCACUUCGGAGAAGAAAAAGUACAGAGGCCCCAGCAAAAUUGUCCCCAAGUCCCGGGAAUUUAUUGAAACUGAUUCAUCUACUUCUGACUCAAAUACAGAUCAGGAGGAGAGCCUGCAGGCUAAGAUAUUGCCAGCUUGUAGUGGACCGGCCAACGGCAUCAAAGUGAAGGACUCUGGCAGUAACAUCCUCAGUGUAAGUAGCUUAACUAGCAAUGGCAGCAACACAUCCAUCGACCAGACCAGCAAUGACUUGGAGGAGCAGCUCUUUUCUCCUAUCCCAACUGUACAAAAUGAACUUCUGUCCCCACUGAGAGAAUAUGAAGAACUCAAAUCUCUUUGGGUGAAAAUAGACCUUAGUUUACUCUCUAGGAUACCUGGACAAGAGCCUUUUGAGACCACAUCUGUGAAAACCGAACCAAGAGAGGCAAAUGUGAAACACAGACGACCAUCUCGAGAGUCCCCUACCGCAGCAGCUGAAAAAACAUCCACAAAAUCCAAAAGGAAACACAAGUCGGAAAACCUGGAAACCUUUGUUGAAACCAAGAAGCAGCGCCUGGAGGACCCUUCGGCUUCAUGCUUGCUCCCACCUUGUAUCUCUCCAAUACCGAAUCACAGAUUAACCAGCACUAAAGAGAGCAGCAGUAACUCGGUGAAGAAGAUGGCAAAGAAACGAGAAGAUAAGCUCUUCCCUCCUCCAUUAUCCCCCCUGUUGGACGAGCCUGUGCACCGUCGGCACAGCAGUGACAACAGCUCCUUCAGCCAAGAAACCAACAUCACCAACACCCCUCAGACCAGCAGCUCUUCCUCCUCGGUUUCUAAACACAGAAAGAAUGAAAAUAAAUCUUCUUCUAACCCCAAAGGAAUCUGUGACGAAGAAACCCACAAUGCACCAACAGCCAACACUGUUCUUGAUACAAACCAUCUAGAAACAGACAUUUGGUCUGCAAUGCCAACUCUUUCCAAUGGGAAUUCUGAGUCCAGAAGACCUAAAAUCACAUUUGAUGAUGUGCUCCACAAUGCAGAUUAUUAUAUGCAAGAAGCUAAGAAGCUAAAGCAUAAAGCAGAUGCAUUGCUGGAGAAGUUCGGCAAAGCAGUGAAUUAUGCUGAUGCUGCCCUGUCCUUCAUCGAGUGUGGGAACGCUAUGGAGCGAGAUCCAUUAGAAGCUAAAUCUCCAUAUACCAUGUACUCAGAGACUGUGGAACUCAUCAGGUAUGCAAUGAGGCUCAAGAAUUUCACAGGCUCUUCUGCCACAGAAGGGGACAAGAAACUAGCAGUUUUAUGCUACCGAUGCUUAUCGCUUCUGUACUUGAGAAUGUUUAAGCUAAAGAAGGACCAUGCUAUGAAGUACUCCAGAUCUCUGAUGGAAUAUUUUAAGAACUCUUCAAAAGCCUCACAGGCCCCCUCACCUUGGGGCGGCAAUGGAAAGAGCACAGAAACACCAUCGCCUAUGUCCCUGAGUCCAUCCCCUGUCAGCUCUGCCGGAGCCAGUGCAGGCACCACUGGCUCCUCCUCAGCGGGGACCAUCACCAUCCCUCAGCGCAUCCACCACAUGGCUGCCAGCCACGUCAACAUCACCAACAAUGUUCUGCGGAGCUACGAGCACUGGGACAUGGCUGACAAGCUGACUAAGGAGAAUAAAGAAUUCUUUGUAGACCUGGACUCGGUGAUGGGACCCUUAACACAACACAGCAGUAUGACCAAUCUGGUUCGUUACGUUCGCCAAGGACUCCACUGGCUCCACAUUGAGGCUCAUUUGUUGUAGUGACUGCUGCCCUGCUCAUAACAUCCCCAUUCUUCUACCUCUGCCAGCGCACAGACGAUCACUGGUGGAACUCCACUCAUUUCUGGAAAUUUAUUCAUGUAACUUCAUUUUUAUUGCAUUUUUUAAUAUCCUAUCUAUUGGAAGUAGAAGUCAUCGUAAAUGGAACUUAUGACUUAAGAGCAGUAUGUGUUGUACCAUCUAAUCAUUUUUGACAAUUUUCUAUGCCUUGUGUCUCCUGGAUCCUGCCAUCCUUAUGUGCUUUAUGGAACGGUACAUUCCCUGCAGUAUUGUUUAAAGUCCAUGCUGCCUUCAAGUGAAAACAAAAAAGCACUUUGAGAAGAUACGGAUUCCUGAGAAAUAGUACAAAGCGUCUUAAAUAUUUGAGGGUAUAUAUGAGAAGUCCCUUCUGAAAUAAAUUAGUAGAACUUAUAGCUAUUCACUCAAAAUCAUCUUCUGAGCCUGUACCAAGCUUUUCACCACUUAAUUCUGGCAUUGUUAUCUUACACAGUACAUUACUAAGAUUUCAUGCUUCCAAUAGGCUUAAUCUCCAGAAGAAAACGUUGAAUAUCUAACAGGUACAUAAUGUAAGAUCACCAAAGGUGUUAAGAGGUAAAAGGUUGAAGGAAUGCCUCAUUAAAGAAAGAUGACAUACUAUGCAAUGAGGUUUUGAUAUUCCAUUCUACCUAUUUAUUGUUGGCUUAAUAAUUUCAGUAGGCAGCACAAUUUAUUGCAGUUUUUAGGCAAUUUCAAAAUAUUAGCUUUCAUAGUCUCCUCUGCCGUUCCUAUGCUAAAUCUGUGAAUUUUCUUUCCGUUUUACUGUUAGUCUCAAAUGAAUACUCAUCCAAGAUUUUCCUUCACAGAACAAUCUCUUCUUGCGAAGUGAGACUCAGUGAAAGCAGAUUUUAAUGGGAAUGCUACAUUCUAAGCAUUGAUAUUGUAUGUAAAACUCCAUUAAUAAGUGUAUGCAGAUUCUUCAUGAGACUCUCUGGAAGUUUAACUAACCAACUGCUGUUGAAACAAUGUAAUUCCAUGUGGCAUCAAUUUACACCUGUUUUGUUCAUUUCAGAGCAUUAGGAACAAAUGGUAUUACUUACCUUGCUAUCAUGAAAACAAUGAUAAAUUAAAUAAAAUCAACGGAUUUAUCCAAAAGCAAUAUAACAUUUGUUUAAUAAUGGCCAUGAAUACUUCAGUCAAAUUACCUAUUUUCCAAGCUCUGCUAUUUACCCAUGCUGUCAUGUUUCAGACCAUUUUUUCUAAUGCGUGAAUAAUAAUGAGACAAUUCAGAUAGAAUUUCAAAGCAAUUGUGAAUAAAUUACACCAUUUCACAUUUGCUCUUUCCUCUUCUUUUUUUUUCCUCUUGUUAUAAACUGCACUGCUCUUCUGGUGCCACUGCAAGAAGCGCCGGUGCAUGAAACAAAACAAAAUGAAUUUAUAUCAAUAAUUCACAAGACUUUAAAUGGUCUCAUCUCAUUCUUGAUGUAACGCCUGCAUACCUUACUGAACUGUAAAUUCAAUUUCUGUAAACAGAAGAUGCUCAUAGCAAUGUAAAUAUUAUUCUGUCUCAUCUCAUUGAAAUAAUACAAUAUGUGUUUAAAUGCCAUCCAGGUAUUAGUUAGUUGCAAUUACCUUCUGCUAUAUAAUCCUGUAUGGUGAGUUAUUGGAUUCUACUCACUGGGUUGCGACCAGAUAAAUAGGACAAAUUUGCAUUUAAAAGGUUCAGACUGUUAUGGUUUUUAGAGCAGGCCUUGGAUAUUUGCAAUAAGAGCAGUUGGAGGACUCUGCCCAGUACACAUUUAAGAUUACAGCUACAGACAUUACUGUAGCUGUUGUGUAUUAGUUGCCUGUAAUGCUACCUUUUCUUAAAAAGCAAUAUUUGCUUUUUUUUUUUCCUCACAAGACUGUAUUGCAAACAUAGUCAAGGUGCAUCAUUAGAGUAAUCAUCCAGUUUAGAGUUGGUCGUCUGCAAAGGACAUUGGCAGAACAUGCACAUCCUGUCUUAUCUGCACAUUCCUGUUCCUGAAGUGGUCAAUACACUCUUAUCUGCUCUUGGAAGGUUUCAGUAACACGGCUGAAACAUGAAUCCGACAGCUUUUGUCAAGCUGAUUCUGGCCCCAGCAGCUAAAGAAUAAAACCACAAUGGUGGAGACAAAUCAGAAAUGUAGAAUAAAAGUAUUGGGUUUUUAAAAACACUUCCAGUAUUGUUUUUUAACAGAUGAAGCAGUGUUGAGGUGGUUUUAUCACAAGCCAGAGUUUUCCAUUCCCUUUGCAAGAUCUUGCUGAUGAGAUUCAGUCUAAUCAAGUGCAUUGUCGUCCCUCGUUCCUUUAACGUAGACUGAAACCCCAGACUGCCGUGCACUUACGAAGGCUAUGUCUUGAAACACAAUUUGAAAUACAAUCUUUAGGCACAAGACUGGUCAAAGAGUUAGCUGCAGUCACUCAGUGCAGACAGCAUGUUAUCUUUUGCCUGUUGCUUGCAGGAAACUCCUAUCUCUAAAUGUACCCCAUGUACAAUCUUUUGCUUAAACAGCUUAAGGAAUUAUCCCACCUGAUUUUGCUUCCUGUCACUAAGUUUGAAAUGUAUGCUGAAUCAAUGGCUUGAUUAUAUUAAGUCCAGCAGUCAAGCCUAGGAUCACAAGCCAACUUACUAUUUAGCUGUCUUGUUUCAAAAGCAGCUUAGAAACAAAUUAAAUAUGGAGAGUGAAUUACCUUCUUAUCCCUGGGGAUGAUGCUUCUUUUGAGUUAGUUAUUAAGGAUUAUUGCACUUUUACAUGCACUGUAUUCAUCUCAUUUCAAAUGCCAACAUGUCAUCUUUGUGGAAUCGUUUUACCCCUUAAGAUAUUAUUUCCAGUGGAGUUAAUCAAACAAACUUGUUUGUUUGUUGCAAUCCACAGGGAAGCUGUGUGUGUUGGGCAUUUGCUAUGUCUGCUCUUAACACUGCCCACUUCGGGCAUUCAAAGUCGUGAACCAAGCACCAAAAAAUCACAAAAUUGACUCCAAAUCAUGGUUUUAAAAAAAAAAUUGUUGCUGUUCAUAUGUUGCCUUAUGGAUAACAAGCUUUGAUGCUGAUUUCAAUACCCUUUUUCAGGCAUUUUUUGAUCAUGCUGAGGGCCAGAAAUGGCAUAUUUGUUUUUAAUAGUGAGGAACUGAGACACUAAUGUAAUCUCUUGAUUUCUGCAGCUGGACUGUAAGAAGGAAACCAAACUUCAUAAAAAAUGGCCAGAGCUGACAAAAGUAUCAUUUGUGUGCCAUGCUUCAGGAGUUUUGCACAAUAUCCACAGCUCAGCAGUGAAAGGAGAAUGCAAGUGAAGGGCUAACUGCAAGCAUUUCAGAACUCCAUCAGUACACAAUCCGAUGGUAGCAAAGUCCUAAGUGCUCAACUGAGACAUUUACAUAGCACUUAACCUCUAUGCCAGGAGCUGCUGCAGGUCUUAAAUGAAGGAUUUGACAGUGUGCAGGCAGAAUGUCCUGCUUGGAUUACAGUGACUUUCUCUAACCAUAUGAUGACGUGUUGAGAAACCAUGGUCCAGGAGAGCAGGGCUUGAAGGGAAAGCCUCAGAUGUAUCCUGUAUGGAUCAUCUACCUCUACUAUGUCUGCGGUCACUGAUUUCAGCCAUGCUCUGUUGGCUUCUUUGGAAGGAUAAAGCACACCUUUCACUAUAGAAAAUUAACAGCGUAAAUAGUUCAUGCUUGAUAGCUGGACUUGGCCCAGUAUUUGGCUAUUUUAUUUUAUUUUAUUUUAUUUUACUUUAUUUUAUUUUAUUUUCAUUCUGGUUUAGCUUAGUGCCUUUGUGUUGACAGUGUUGAUGGCAGCCUUCCCAGCUUGCUUCUUUUAGCUUCAUUUCAUGUCUUCUUGUAUGAUCUUUGGACUUUGAAUUAUUUAAAUAGCCUCUCCAUUAAUAUACUAGCUCAUUUGGUCUCCUUUGAAAGAGAAGGAGAGAUAUGUUGAUUUCCGCAGUGUGCAUUUUGUAAAGAAUAAGGAUCAAGAUCUACAUUCCUCCAAAAGAAGCAAAAUCUGAGAAGUUGGAAUCUGGACCUUAAUUUCUAUGCUCUGAGUUUAUGAUGUUCUUCCACUGUAAUCUUUUAAAUCCACUGUUAAGUUUUUUGGUACUUUGGAACAGAUGUUUGCGUUGUAUUUUUAUCAGAAUUCAAUGAUGUCUAAAUCCAGUGAUAACUUUUGUGAGUGCAGUUUAAAAUAUUAGGAAAGAAAUGAGGCCUGUAAAGGAUUCUGAUUUAGUUAUUAUUAGGCUUCUUCGUAUUGAGCUCAGGAGAAACUGCUGCACACAGUACUGAGAUGUGCAUAGUGGUGUGUGUGCACGUAUCUGUGGAUUUGGACAUGGAUUUGCAACAAAGUUCUGCGCUCAUUACUUCAUAACUCAGAAAAAUGAUGCGAAAGCCUUAAAAAGGAAACACCCUCAUGGGUGCAGUGUGGUGGUAGGAUGUUAAUGUUUCCUUGUGUAGUUUUUGUAUAGCCCUAUUAGCAUCUAUUUUCUCCUUGCAAGCAAGGGAGGUAUGACAGAAAGUAGCAGGAGUUCUGUCUUGGUUCCUGAAGCCAGCGUCAGUUCUGAAGGUUUUUUCAACUUAACUCCUCUGCAACUGGCCAGUGUCUUGAACUUUUAAGAAAGGAAAAAAAUUUCACAGUUCACCAAAGAGGAUUAAUUUGCCAUUCUCAACCGAGUGUAGACAUGUCAAUACAUGGCAGACCUGAAGCAAGGCAUCAACGCAAAGGGCCUUUGCCUCGCACACCAUCUCCCUGAGCUCGGCAGCAUGCACUGGGAGUGAGGCAGAGGGGACAAAGAUGAGAAACCAGUCCAUUGUCCUUAUGACAUCUUCCAGCUUUACAUACUGGUUCAUAAAUAUAAAACAAACAAGUCAUGUUAAUGUUGAGAGGGCUAAAUUUCUUGAAUAUUUCUGUGCUUCUGUGUUAGAAUCAGAUCACUGGUCACAGCAAUGCAUGCAGACAUUCUGUACUGCCUAAUGAUUUAUAGAGUAAUAUAUAUCUCACUAGAUAUGAUAUAUCACUUGGUAUUUUGUAGCCUAUAGGUGAAGACUAAAAGCCAGUUAGGCUCUCCUUCACUAUGAAAUCUUCCUGCUAGUGAAUGGGGAAUGUUUCUGCCUGAAUUACAGAGCAGCUGCCAUCUCUACAAUACUAUGUUCCGACCUUCCUCCAGUGCUUUUGGUAGCUUUACUUUUGCCGUUCUGUUAAAAAAUAUAUUUUGUCUGAUUCUGUUGUCUUCCAUGAUCAGUGAUUCUGAUCAUCUCAUGCCAGCUUAACCGAUGGUGGUAGCUGUUGAAGUCAGAAGAUGCUGAGAUCAAAUCUUGUACAGCCAGCAGGACCACACAGCUCUGCGGAUAGAACUGAAAGCAAAUUCAGAUGCAGAUGAAUUAUUGUAUAACACUGAUGUCAAAUGAGAAUCAAACUCGGCCUGGAGUUACUGCAGCAGAAACUCUGGAAAGAAUAACUGUGCUCAGAAUCACAGGGUAAACAGCAACAUCUCAGGCAAUUCAUUGAUGCUGUAAUUUUAGCAGGUAAUAGUAAAAACGUGAAAAGUGGUUUAAAGGAACUGGGGCAAGUUUGUAUGGACUGGCACUAUCAAUUUAACACACGUGUGUUUCUGUGGAAAGGGAAUUCAUUACUGUUGAUAUAUCCUGCAAGCUGUGCCAUGGUAUCAUACAAAGUCUGAAUAUGAUGCUAUCCCAUCUGGUUCCUUAAGGUGACUAACUCAGGGUGCCACCACAUGUCACAGAGAGACAGUGCUUGUCACUGCCCUGAAGUCUCCAUAGGAUAAAACCAUUUUGUUUUGCCACUUCCCCAAGGACCAAGCAUGGGGACCCCACAGUCCACUUGAGUAGAGCUGUACACUCUCAGUGCUCUACAGAGAGGCAGCAGGAAAGGUCUUACCUGCUGCAGGAUGCAGCACAGCAAGGUGCCUUGGGCACUCAGCUUGGCAGCUCGGGGGCAUCAGACCACAGCUGUGCACUGUGUGGUCCCACAAGUGCUGCCCACGGUGUGGGUGUGCUGGAGGCAUGGUGACGCCGAUGCCAUGCCCAACAGGACAGCAAGACCCCAGCUCCACUGCCUGGGUACCGGAUGAGCUCUGGCUCUGCCUUGCUUUUGGUCCUCUUGGUCUUGGUCCUCUGUGGCUGCAGAAGUGACUUGGAUCUUCCUUUUACCUGUUCCGUGUGUAGAAACAGCAAACAAGUUGGCAGAAGUGCUGCAUGCACUAACAUCAUAUAUAGAAAUAUUUACUGUGAGCUAGAUUGCAGUUGAUACUGUAGUGUCCACAGGAGUACUUGUGCUUAGAGGGCCUUAGCUGAGCCCCACUGAUGCCAUGGUAUUAGCCAUGUGAGCAGAUGAUGCAACUGUUUGAGACUUGUUUUCUUCUUUAAUUUCCACUGAGUUCCCCUCUAUGCAAGCUCUGUAACCCCUCUGUGAUAGAUAAGAAUUUACACAGUUGUGUGAGUAUCACCCUGUUGUAAUUCCAUUGAAAUUCAUCAAGUAAAGAUAUUCCUAAUUUCUACUCAAGUAUUUCCUUCUCUAGGUUAGAAGGAAAUUCAAAUUCCACAGGGAAUUUCAUUAUUUUAAUGGACAACAAUAACUAAAAGGGACCAAACGUUGAGCUAAGUAAAUGUAAAGGAACUUGACUCCAUUUGUGGAAUUCAUUGGACCAAAUUCUGCUGUCGCAUGGCAAUCAUACAAGUCUCACUAAGCUUUGAGCACUGUUUAUUGAAGGAGAAGCUGGCUAUAAAAAUGGUGUAGCAUUACCAGAGUUAAUGUUAUUGGGCCAGAUCGUAAGUCGCAUUAAACCAAUUAGUUCAAUGGAAUUACACCCAUUUGUGUUCUGGCUGAGCUCUCACCCCUCUGAAAUUCUCUGGACUGGUGCUAGAAUAACUACAAGCAGACUCCCUCUUCAUCCAGAUUUUAUGUUGACACAGCCCUUGCUCAGGGAAAGCACCUGUGACUUCUGUGACAGUUAAUGUGGAGUCAUGAACUUGAAGAAGCUUUAACCCACUGGCAGAAGGUAUUUACUCUUGAAAUUAUGAGUGAACUGCAUAGGGGAUAACAACCAACAUGCUUUAUUUAUGACAGUGGUAGAGUACAAUUUCCUCAACUGGUGCAAAUUGGUAUAGGAAUACUGAUUUCAGUGGAGUUCAUCCAAUACGCACACAGUGAUGAGCGAACCCUUUAAUCCCGGACUAAUUUUUGCCAAUAUGUCUUUAUGCAGAUAAACUCCCAAAGCUUUUAUCAUCAUGCCUUUUUACUGAUCAUGCCAGUGAAAUGAUUAAUGUACCAUAAUCGUUUCCUGGAAGGAAAUAAUGUACUUUGCAAAGUUAUGCAGUACGGAGCACAUCAUAAAACUGCUUUAGACCACACAGUCUGGAAAAGUUUAUCAGAAAUGAAACUAACACGGUAGCUCUUUAUCUGAUGUUGAUUACACUUUCUCUCUGCACUUCCACCACCAACGUGUUUAACAUACAGAGUGAACCAUAGCUGGAUGUUUCUGAUGACUGUGGGCCAAAGCUUCAGCUGAUGUGUUUGUGAAUAGAUCCAUAGAUGUUAGUGCUGAUUUACACCAGAUGAAAAACUGGUCCUCUCCCUUUUUGUACUGUGCUAUGUGCUCUAAUGCAGCUUUAUAAAUACAUAUUGAAGCUGAGUGUAUGUUGAAUUGUUCUGAUUGAACACCAGAUAAUCCCUGCUAAGAGAAUUGAAGGGUAAAUUUUGCAUGCCAUCUAGGCUUGCAUAUGUUUUUGUUUUUCUUUUUCUUUAACUAAAAGUAUGUUGCAAUUUAAUUACCCCUGAGUUUAAAUAUCUCUGGUCUCAGCAUUCACUUCCAUUAAAAAAAUGGCAGAUAAAUUCAAAUGUGUCAUAAAUGCUCUUGCUCUAGAGAUGGAAUCUAUUACUUUCAUUCAAAGGCGCUGCAGCAGGCUCAAGUGUGUUUUCUAAACCAAAUGGAUUUUGUGCAUGCAAAAGUCAUGGCAAAUAUUUAUCUAGUCUCAAUUCUGCCAUUCUUCCCCUGAGCAUCUUAAUCAACAGGUUGCUGCACUGAAAUCCACGGGAGUAACUGUGUGAAUUAGUGCUCAGUCUGCAGACUGCAGAAUCAGGCACUGAAUAUAUCAGAUGGAUGCAAUCAGGAGUUUAAUUUUAGCCAUAUGCAUCAUUUGAGGACACUUAAAAUUACGUACUUUUUAUCCAAGCUGACAGUCCUUGUAAUUCCAUAAAAUAUUGCAUUAUUUAUUUCUGUCUGUAUUUUUGACGUCUUUGGAUUGCAUAGCUUCCACUGAAUCUUAAAUGCUGUUUCUUUAAAACCCACAUUCAGAAGGCCUAUGGCGUAUCAUAGCAAAGUAUGAAAAGAAGCCUAAUGGUCUGGUUCUUUUGUUUUGACUUUGAGCAUUCUGGUUUGCAUUUGAUCUUUGACUGUAGCACUCCCAGUAUUUUUUAAAUGGCCCGACUCAAAUUGUUUUCUGACACACACAAAAAAAAAAAGCAAACUACAAGUAAAAUUCAGGAAAAGUAAGGCUGGCUAACUCAGAGGAUGUUUGCCCUUGCUGGUGGUGUUCUUCACCUGGCCAUCUUUUGAGCAGCGCGGUAAGCUCAUCCACUUGCCUGUCAUUAUUAGCUGUUCUGGCAAGUACUGUUCUUCGUUUUUGUCUUUCUUUUGUGUGUGUGUUUGUAUAUGCCUACCAAAAUAUCAGGAAAAAUUAUAUAUACUUCCAUCUGGUUCCCGGAAGCAGAGCAACAUGAUGACCUUGUGGUCUUCCAACAAAAGUCAGAUUUAAUUUCUGCAUUGCAGUUCAACUUAAUUAUCUACUGGAAUUAGAUUACAGUUUAGUAAAUGGCCCUUUACCUUCCAUUCUUGCUUUUUAUUUACUAUUGAAGUAGCUUUCUUUUUUCCUUAUGUCUGCAAAUAUCAUACCAAUAAUCACUGCAAUUCCAUAAGGUGUCUUUGUUCUGAACAAGCAUGUUAUUCUUGUAAAGUUUUAAGUAUAAGUUAAGAUGUUUUGUACAGACCAAGGUAACAGUUAAAAUGUCAAGCAAUUACUGAAAUGUUGUAUAGUUACAAAAGUUUGAUUUCUUUUGCUUUAUAUGUAUAAAAUUGUAUCUUGCCUGUUUUGCUUUGUAUUUCCGACGUGUUGCACAAUUAUGCAUUUUGUUUACAUCUGUUUUCAGAGAGAAAAAAAAAGAAGAAAUAACAGUAAUACUUUAUGUACAAACAUUUUAAAUGUACUUUUGUUGUUUUUAAACACAAUGUCCCUGUAUAAAUAAUAUUGGUUGAACUGGUACAUUCGUGUCUCUCAUAGAGGGAUUAAUCAUACUGCCAGUGCAUUGAAUUAUUUAAAAACAAAACAAAAAAAGUAAAAUAAAAUUUUUAUGAAAAUGUAA